AUGACGCAGUCCUUGAGUGUCUCCUAUGGAGGCAAAGGCCCCUUGAUUCUAGGGGUGACUUGGGCAGAGAUGAGUCUUGCCUUGGUACUGUUCAUUCUGAGGGCCAAGACUGCUUCGGUAUACCCCCAAGGCCAGCUUUCGUCUGGUAUAUUUGGACUACGAUGGGAUUUUGUGUGGGUGAUAUUGGCCUUUACUGUCGCCUUGGCGGCCCAGUGCACAAUGACAGUGAGCGCCCGCUACGGACUCGGUAAUCAUCAGGACCUUCUUUCCUACGACAACAUUGUCAAAACAAACCUAUGGAGCUGGAUCGCUCAGGUGCUCGCCAUUAUCGAUCUAGUCAUUGCCCGGAUCGCCGUCAUCGCAUUCCUCAUGACAAUCCAGAACAGAACGAUGAGCAAGAGCAAAUAUCUCCUUUAUAGCGUUGGCGGUAUCCAGGCUUUGAUCAACUUCAUCGAAAUCAUCUUGAUCUUCAAACAAUGCACCCCAACCGAGAAAUUAUGGGAUAUUGACAUCCCAGGCAAAUGUGAUAUGAUUGAUAUCUGCUCCAAAGUCGGGUUUGUUCAGGGCAGUAUCGGAGCGGCCGCUGACUUCUUUUUGGCCGCGUACCCUGUAUACAUCAUUGGAAGGCUACAAUUAAUGAAACUAUCGACCAAAAUUGGAUUAUGUCUCAUUAUGGGAGGAGGUUUAAUUGCUGGUAUAGCAGGAAUCAACAAAACAAUUGCCAUUGCCUCCAUCACACACGUCGAAGACCUGACCUAUGCGAUCUACGAACUCAACACAUGGGUUCUGACCGAAAUGUGGUUCAUAAUCAUUUUCGGAUCAAUCCCUGUUCUACGGCCAUUCUUCGUUCGAUUCACACAGGAUAUCAAGAGUGUGACUGGCUACUCAUCGAAGAAUCGCAGCGAUACUGGUGGGUAUAGCGAUGGAAGUAACAACAAGCGGGAGUCUUGGGUGCAAUUAAACGAACAGACCCCGGGGACAUGGGCUUCCCAGAGCUCUGCCUAUGCCAAUGCAACUAACGACACUGAGCGAGCUUUACGUGAUGAUUCGCCUCUGAAUGAUAGUCGGCAUAUCUUGGUUACAAAAGACACGAGUGUAGUUUCGGAGCACUGUGAUGGAGAGCCGAGUUAA